AUGAACGUGAGGACAGAUGAGCGGCAGGACAUGAACGUGAUGACAGAUGAGCUGCAGGACAUGAACGUGAGGACAGAUGAGCUGCAGGACAUGAACAUGAGGACAGAUGAGCUGCAGGACAUGAACGUGAGGACAGAUGAGCUGCAGCAGUUCAAACCACAUCGGCCUUUUACUGCCACUCCUCUUCCUCCUCAGUUCUUCCUGAUGUGGUCACUGUGCAGGAGGAAGUCAAACAGGUUCACUCUGACACAGACAGUUCCUGUCGACAGUUAUGAUUUGAAGUAUUCAUGUGGGUUCUCGUCUCUGAACAGCCAGAGGACCUGGAGGAGUUGGACUGUUACCAACACGAUGAACGUCAGCAACAGGACUGACUGCGACCAGGUCAAAACCCCGGCCCAUGUCUUCUUCAUGCUCGUCUACAGUCUGCAGUUCCUGGUCGGCCUGCUCCUGAACGGCUUCACCCUGAAGGUUUACUUCUGCAGAGGCCAGCAGCAGACGACCAGCAGCGUGACCGUCUACCUGAAGAACCUGGCGGCCUCCGACUUCCUGAUCAGCCUCUGUCUCCCCAUACGCAUCCUCCACUUCGCCAGCAGCUCCCCCCCCGUCCGCCUGGCCUACUGCAACUUUGGUUCUGCCGCCUUCUACCUCAACAUGUACGCCAGCAUCCUGUUCAUGGGUUUCAUCGCCGCUAACAGGUAUCUGAAGAUCGUCCACCCUUUAGGAAAUCACAUCCUGCAGACCGUGAGGGUCGCUCGCCUCGUCUCCACCGGGACCUGGCUCUUCCUCCUGGCCUCGUCCUGCAGCUACAUCGUCCUGUCCCUCCUCACCCAGGACCCAGAGCCCUCCCCCUCGGUGUCGGUCAGCGUCAGCUGUGAAGUCCAGCACAGUCCACAGCUCAGCGUUUUCUACAAAUUCAUCCACACCUGCUCCGCCACCAUCUUCCUGCUGGUCCUCAUCUCCCUGGUCCUCUUCUACUGGGGCACCUCCCGCAGGCUGUCCCAGGUCCAGCAGAGGCAGCCGGCGUCCUCCAGCUCCAACAAACUGGCCAAGUGCCGCAGGAACAUGCUGGUGCUGGUCAUCGUGUUCUGCGUCUGCUUCGUCCCGUACCACCUGGUUCGACUCCCCUACGCCUUCCUGUCCAAGCAGUGCCGCUGGAGCCAGACCUUCUUCUACCUGAAGGAGCUGACCAUCAUGGUGUCGGUUCUCAACGUCUGCCUGGACCCGCUCAUCUACUUCAUCUUCUGCAAGACCUUCAGGGCGCAGCUGGGCACGAGGAGGCCGGUCAGCACGUCGCAGAUCUCGAGCAACACAGGAAGACUCGAGAUGAAAAGCAACGUCGAGUGUUGAAGCAGAGCGGCGCCCACACACAACACCUGGGGCUUGUGUUGUCAAAAAGCAACAAUCACAAGAACGUUGUGGUUCCUCUAUGUCAGAAACGAUACGCUAGAGUGCGUCCAAUGUGAUUACGAGUGUAAAAUAGGUCAUAGUCACACCAUGCCCCCCCCCCCCCCAUCAUCUCACUCAAAACUGACCAAUCUGAGGAGGGCUGUUUUAAAUGAUCGUUGUGGUAUUUUGACUAAAAUAUGUUACAGACAUUUCAUUAAGACCCCAAGGAGCCAAAUCAACUGUGGUGAGAUGGUCAUACGAUGGGUCCCAUAAGGAAACCUUCAGGAAGUGACCUGAGCACUGUCCCCCCUCAGGAACACACACAUGAACACAGCAUGACUGAAGCUCCUGAAACAUGUCGUCUGUCGUCAACUCCAAUCCUCUUCAUGAUGUCACAUGACAUGUGCACGUCCGCUUGUCCUUCUGUGGUGCAGCCAGCAGGGGGCAGCAGUGCGUCACCUCCGUCUUUUCACAUCAACUUUAACAACACGAGAAGAACAUGUGACUCAAAUCUCAUUCAGAAAAACAUGGAGGGAUCCCUUUUUAUUAAAGACAACAGGAAGUGUGAGGUCAUCAUCAGAGGUCAGAGGUCAGUGACCAGUGAUGUUGACCUCCAGAGAAACACAGACAUUCUGUAUCAGGUCCACGUUGAAGGAAAGAAAUUCUGAGAUUUCACAAGAGGUGGUUAUAUGAAGAGAAAAGUUGUGAUAUUGUGGAUACUCAUGUUUUGUUGCCUCCUCUAAGAUUAAAGAUUUAAUUCAAAAAUUAUGACUAUUCUCAAAAUCCAAGAGUCGGUGGGCACAUGGCUCUUGUUUGUAGAGAACCAGUGAAUCAGAUAAUCAGAUCGUGUUACCUGAAACCAGUUCAUUGUAAUGGUGGAACUCACAAACCAUAGAAAACACUUCACACAGUAAAUAUCUCUCAGUUGAUAUAUUUAAAUAAACAUUUGAGAGGUUUAGAAUACAUACAUGAUUUCUUCAGGUUUUACUGCACAUGAUGAAGCUGAU